AUGUCUCUUCAAGAAUUGAAAAUGUUUGAUCUUAGAGAUGUGAGUGGUUAUAGAAUUGGGGAGCUGGAGAAUAUGAAUGAUCUUUGCAAAUUAGGAAUCAACUGCCUUGAAAAUGUUAAGGAUGUUGAGGAGGCUUGUAGUGCCAAAUUAUGUGCCAAAAGGAGGCUCACAAAUUUAAACUUACGUUGGAGUAACACUUAUUAUUCGAGGACCAUCAAUUUAGAUGAGAACGUGCUCAACAACCUUCAGCCACCAAAAUGUCUAAGGAAUCUGAGGAUACAGAGAUACAUGGGUGCAAGGUCUGCAAUAUGGAUGAACAAUAUCAAUCUGAUCUUCAAUCUAGAGAUAAUCAAAUUGACAGAAUGCUUGGAGUGUGAAACUCUUCCACCUUUUGGGCAACUUCCCUUCCUCAAGUCACUGAUACUUGAUAACAUGCCGAAAGUAAAAUGGCUCGAAAGUAAAUUUAAUGGGAAUGAUAAAUACCGUGCCUUUCCAUUGCUAGAGGUGUUACAUAUUGACAGAUUAGAAGCAUUAGAGGAUUGGUUUGAGGCAGGAGUAGCUGCUGAAGAUGGAUGUUUGUUUCCUAGCUUAACUGAACUAUAUCUAUAUGACUGCCCGAAGUUGAAAGAGUCGCCCUCUUUGCCUUCUAAGCUCAAGAGGUUGGGGAUAUAUAAAAUUGGGUGGACGACUUUGAAUUUUUGUAGCAAUUCAAAUCCUAUUCCCCUUGAAUCAUUAAAGGUCUCUGACUGUCCAAACAUUACAUCUCUUCCUCUGGCUGAUGAAAUAUCAAGACUUGCAGCACUAAGAGACUUGGUAAUUAGAAAGUGCCCCAAUCUGAUCUCUCUCGGAGAAAUGCAAACCACUAAUAAUUGCCAUAUCAUGCUCAGUAAUCUCAGUAUAAGUGAUCCAUCAGUGUUGCUAAUGGAGCCAUUGAGAAGUACCGCCUCCUUAAAAGAGCUGAGUAUUGAGUAUAAUGAUGAGGUGGUUUCAUUUCCAAAUGAGGCGGAGCAGUGGUUUCUGAGAGUUAGUUCAUCUCUUUGUGAGCUGGAAUUUAAAAAGCUGAAAUCCUUACAGUCUCUCCCUUCCUUCUUGGAAAGCUUAUCUUCACUUCAGAUUCUAUCUAUUUAUGAUGUUCCUAUACUUCGGGAAUUACCGAACCUUCCUCCCUCUUUGAAACGUCUAUCAAUUUCGGGGGGCAUUCCUAUGCUUCGGGAAUUACCGAACCUUCCUCCCUCUUUGGAACGUCUAACAAUUUCGGGGGGCGUUCCUAUGCUUCGGGAAUUACCGAACAUUCCUCCCUCUUUGGAAAGUCUAGAAAUUUGGGGGAGAUGUCAUCCAGAGUUAAAGGAGCGCUAUCGAGAGAAUGGAGGCUUCGAUCGGCACAAGAUUGCUCACAUUCCUUUUAUCCUUAUGGAUACAUAA